CUAUAUAUCCCUUUCCUUGGUCCUUCCUUCUUUUGGUAUCCCUUAGCUUUAAUUUCCUCCCAUAUAUCUCCUCUCUCUUUCCCCUAAAUACCUUAAGUUUACUAUUUAUUACAUAUAUUAUUCUCUUUCUAAACUCAUAUCUUAUUUACUUUCUCUAACCCAAAUACACACACACACACAUAUAUAUAGUACCCUAAUUAAGUUCAUUAUUAUUAUUAUUAUUAUUAUUAUUAUUAUGGGUGAUGAUGGGGAGAUGAUCAUCAAACACGUACACCCCUUAAACUCAAGGUUUAAAAGGGUUUGUGUUUUUUGUGGGAGUAGCUCUGGCAAGAGAAAUUGCUACCGUGAAGCAGCCGUCGAACUCGCCCGAGAAUUGGUUUCGAGAAGGUUGGAUCUUGUUUAUGGAGGUGGAAGUAUUGGCUUAAUGGGGCUUGUCUCUCGUGAGGUUCACAAUGGAGGUGGACAUGUCAUAGGAAUUAUCCCAAAAACCUUGAUGCGUAAAGAGAUUACUGGAGAAACAGUUGGGGAGGUCCGACCAGUAGCCGACAUGCAUCAAAGGAAAGCGGAGAUGGCCCGCCAUUCUGACUGUUUCAUUGCUCUCCCAGGUGGAUAUGGAACGUUGGAAGAGCUACUCGAAGUCAUAACCUGGGCCCAACUCGGCAUCCACGACAAGCCGGUGGGUUUGCUGAAUGUUCAUGGCUAUUACAACUCGCUUCUCUCCUUCAUUGACAAGGCGGUAGACGACGGCUUCAUCAUGCCAUCUCAACGUAGUAUUAUCGUAUCUGCCCCAAACGCAAAGGAGCUCGUUCAGAAACUCGAGGAAUACGUGCCGGUUCACGAUGGUGUGGUGGCAAAAGCCAAGUGGGAAGCGGCACAAAUGGAGCUAAACGCCAGUUUGCAGACAGAAUUCUACCGGUGAAAACUGCCAACCAAAAAGAACAUUAUAUUGUUAUCUUUCCCUUUUUUGUGGGGUUUUAUGUUUGAAUAAACCCAGUUGCAUUUGUACAGAAUGUUAGGGAAGAAUAAAUUUCAUUUACACUUUUA